AUGGAACCACCACCCCCGGCGACUGAAGAACAACGGCUGGCAUCCCCAGAACCAUUCGACUCCGUCUCGAUCAUCAACAAGCACUUCACCUCCUCCAUCCUGCCCGCACUCUCCUCAUCCAUCUUCCCAAGCUCAUCAGCAACCGAACCCAUCAUCCCAGACGCACAGCUAGAGGACGGCCCACUGCUCCGGGCUCAGCUCUCAGGACUCGAACACCGCGCAGGCCAACUCAAGAAAUCAAUCAAACCACUCAUCAAGGUCUUCGAAACCAUCCACAGCAACCUCACGGCCACCAUCGACACAGACGACCGUCUAGACAGCGCACUCGAGAUCCUCGACGAAACAACACCGGCAUGCUUCAGACCACUCAAAGAGAUCUACUACAAAUCUGCCAAACUACACAACAGGGCUAUCGACCACGAACGCAGAGAAAGGCUCGAGAUCCACGUCCUAGAGCCACUCCGGCGCAUGUCCAGCAACCUCAAGGAGAUCAGCCACAAGAAAAAACACUUCCUGCAACAUGCCAAGCUCUAUGACGAAGCACUCCAAAAAUAUCUAUCGAUCAAAUCCGAGGGCCAAGUAGAGAUCAAGAAGAUGGAACAGAUGCGAGCCAAGGUCGAGUUUGCCCGAAUAGAGUACCACCACUGGAUCUACGAGCAGGCCGUCUUCCAGGAGGUCGAAGUACUCGAACUGCUCACAGCAUACAUGGUCGCAGAACACGCCUGCCGAAGAUCACCAAGCAACUCGCCCGAAACAGACUCGGUCGCAAGCGAGCUGAUCAACCUCAGACAGGAACUAGCCACCCGACACAUCGAACGAGAGACCCAGCGGAGAGCCAUGGAAAACCAUCGAGAACUCUGGAGGAACAAGCUCGACAGCUUCCUCCAUGCCUCCACCACCGCCACCACCCCCACCACCACCACCACCACCACUAAGCCUUACCCAGCCCAUCUUCAACCACAACCAGGCACCAGCCCACCCAAGGCUAAACUCAUCAUCCGCACCACCUCUGCAUUUGACCACACCAACCCAGCCCUCAUGCGGACCUACGAAUUCGGAGAAAAACUACGCGGAUUCGCACUUACCCUGGCCGGGAAAGCCGACGACCAGGGCACGCUCCCAAGCUCUCCUCGAGGACGGACGAAGAACCUGGAGAUCCCAGCCGAAUCAUCACUGCCGAUGGCCAUGAACAGCUCGGUGGCAAGCGAUGAGAUCGAAGAGGGCGAGCAUUCGGCGAUAAGAAGGACCCGCUCAUGGUCGGCGAAUAUCCAAAGGAAGAAAGAAGGCUUCCUGCUCUCGUGCACUAAAUCGCUUGCGGCAGGUGCUCCCCAACGGAACGUCACCGAACAAGCGCAGCAGGGCACGGGGGGGAUCCCGAACGGCGACGGGGUCCGGAGCUGGAAGAAGCUCUGGUGCGUGUUGGCCGGCGGCGAGCUCCGCGAAUACAAAGGCGACCAGCUCGUCGAGUCCCAUCGUCCCGGUAUCGAUCUCCGCUACGCUAUGGUCCGCCCUCGUAAAGGUAGACUCGAACGCAAAUUCAGCUUCGAGGUCGUCACUACCAAGUUUGUUAGAGUCUACCAGGCUUUCAGUCUGUUUGAAAUGAAUGAAUGGGUCGCGGCUAUCGAAGCCUCAAUCGAGAGCAUCCUGAACAGCUCGAGCUCAGCGAAGACGACGCGGCAGCAGAAGGCGGGGGACGACGAGCAAGCGCGGAUCGCGACCCUGACGAUCCCACAGCCCCCUCCGAAGUCCAUGAGCUCGUCACUCGGUGGAGGACGGGCCAAGGGUCAGUCGGUCGGGCACGGCGACUCUCCGGCGGUGGAGGCUGGCGUGGCGGGGAGCCGGACGAAGACGGGUGGUGGAGGAAGCCAUCCUCCGAAUCAAGCUUCCGCCGCCGCCGCUAGGAAGAAGCGCGCCCAUACGCUUGCUCAUCAGGAGGGAAGCCUCCAGGUCGAGUGGAAACCUAUCGAUAACCAUGUUCGUGACCUACACCCAGCCGCCCCUCCUCCGGCUAGGCUCUGGAGCCCCGCGAAGGCCGCAGACGAGCCCCUCCCCUCCGGAGCGUCCACGUGCGAAGAAGACCUCGAGCCCGGGACGGGCCCUACAUCGAUAGACAUGCACUCCGUCGACGCCGCGGGUCUUGACGAUGAUGAGGAAGAAGAAGAGGAGGAAGAUUUCGAAGAAGAAGAAGAGGAACAAGAAGAAGGAGAGAUGGAGGAGGAAGAGGAGAUGGAGGAAGAAGAGGAGGAGGGCGCGAUGCACGAACGUAACUGGCACGACCUAGACCAGCGCUCGAAGCUCGCGACGUGUGCCGAAUGCGGCGCGCCCAAUCCGCGCUGGGCAUCCUACUCGCUUGGUAUCCUUAUCUGCAUCCAUUGCUGCGGCGUCCAUCGCGGGAUGGGCACACAUGUCAGCAAGGUCCGAAGCCUCGACCUAGACGACUGGAGCGACGAGCAGAUGCGCUUGAUCCGCGCCGUCGGGAACGAGAACUCCAGGAAGUACUGGGAAGCCGCGUUGCCAGCCGACUUCGUCCGCACGUCUCAGAACAUCAAGGAGUUCGUGCACGAUAAGUACAUUCGCAAACGGUUCGUGGUCGUCGACGGUGAGGAUGUGGAUCAUCAGACACCUUGA